AAAAUAUCAAACAAGCAUUGAAAUUUCAUUCAAUAAGGAUUACUACAAUAAUUCUAUAGGAAUUACAAAAAUUUUAUAAGAAUUUUAAGUGAAAUAAUAAAAAUAAAUGAAAAAAUUGUGCUUUUUUUUAUUAAAAAUUAAAUAAUUUAUGUGAAAUAUUAAAAAUAUAAGAAAUUUUUCUACGAAACAAUUUUACUAGCAAAAAAGAACAAGUCGGUGAAAAAAAAUCUUUCAAGUCUGAACAUUUUUUUUUGUAAUUUCAUAAGUCGUUUCCCUCUGAUUUUUUGAAAUUUUUUUAUUAUCGUUUUCGUGCUUUUUUUCUUUUUUCGUUCUUGUUUUUUGUCUUAUGAUAUAAAAAAAAAUUCGUCAUCGCAUUUUAUUUUUUUCCAUACUUACAUACAUACACACGUAUGUAUAUUUAAAAUACGAGGUAUAAAAUUAUUUUUACCUUAAUACUUACGUACAUAGGUACAUAUACAUAUAUUGUGUUUCGGUGUGUAAUUAUUACUAGUAAGAAAGCUAACAAAAUAAGACUACAAUUAAAGAUUAGAUAAAAAAAAAUUAUUAAAAAAUAAAAAGCAGUUUCGUAAAAUAAUUUUUUUAAAAAAGCAAGAAAAGGAAAUUUAAAAAAAAAAAAUGGGUCAAACAUUAUCAGAACCAGUUACAACUAAAGAAUCAGCAUAUUGUCAAAAUGAGAAAUUUCGUGUUGGGUCUAGUUGUAUGCAAGGAUGGCGUGUAAAUAUGGAAGAUUCACAUACACAUAUAUUAUCAUUGCCAGAUGAUCCAGAUGCUGCAUUUUUUGCUGUAUAUGACGGUCAUGGAGGUGCCAGAGUAGCUGAAUAUGCUGGAAAAAAUUUGCAUAAAUAUGUAGUUAAAAGACCAGAAUAUCAACAUGAUAUCGGAUUAGCAAUGCAAAGGGCAUUCUUAGAAAUUGACGAUGUUAUGCUAUAUGAUGAAGCUUGGGGUGAACAAAUGGCUGGUUCAACAGCUGUAACAGUUUUAAUUAAAAAUAAUAAAUUAUUUUGUGCAAAUGCCGGUGAUUCUAGAGCAGUAGCUUGCGUAAAUGGAGAGGCCCAAGCCUUAUCUGUAGAUCAUAAACCAAAUAAUGAAGCUGAAUCAAAACGUAUUAAUGAUGGUGGCGGCUAUGUUGAAUUCAAUCGAGUCAACGGAAAUUUAGCUUUAUCACGUGCAUUAGGAGAUUUUGUUUUCAAAAGAAAUAAUGCAAAACCACCGCAAGAUCAAAUAGUAACUGCAUUUCCUGAUAUUGAAAUACGUGAAAUAAAUGAAGAUUAUGAAUUUCUUGUAUUAGCAUGCGAUGGUAUUUGGGAUGUUAUGACUAAUGAAGAAGUUAUUGAAUUUUGUCGUGAACGUAUUGCAAUGGGCUUGUAUCCAGAAGAAAUAUGUGAAGAUUUAAUGACACAUUGUUUAGCACCUGAUUGUCAAAUGGGUGGUUUAGGUGGUGAUAAUAUGACAGUUGUAUUAGUUUGUUUUUUACAUAAUAGUAAAUCAUAUGAUGAUCUAGUCGCAAAAAUAGCUGCAAAAACAAAACAACAACAACAACAACAACAUCAAAAUACAAGUAGUUCAACAACAACAGACGAUGAUAAUGAUGAUGAUGUUGAUUUAAAAUAACAUAAGAUAUUACUGUAUAUAAAAAUAUUUGUUAUACUAUGCUUCAUUUAUAUAUUUAAUAAGAUUUUAGUCGAUGAUACAAAACAUGUUUUUAUUUAAAAAAAAAAUGUAUUACAAAACACAUAAAUAACGAUACUUAAAAAUAAAGAAUAAAAAAUUGUAAAAAAAAAAGAAAAAAACAGAAAACAAGGAUUAAUGAAAAUGAUAAAUUUCAAAUUGAAAAUUAUUUAACAGUAUAAAAAUAACACAUACAUACACACAAAAAGAAAAUGUUUUGUUUAAAUUUAAAUUUUUGUUCAAUUUUUAUGGAAUUUCUUUUUUUUUUAUUAUAUUUUAAUAUAAAUUUUUUUUGUAAUUAAGUUUUACCGUUGAUCAAUCCACGGUUUUAUUUAGACAAUAUUAUUUUAAAUGUAAUUAGCCCAAAUAUUUAAUUUUCUUAUGUUUUUUUUUUUUUUUUGUUUUUCUUUAAACAAAAUAUUGGCAAUAACCAAAGUAUUAGGUUUUAUUUAAUAAAAAAUAUCUGAAUAAUCCUAAUGAAUAAAGGAUCAUGACGAACAAGAAAUCAUGGAAUUAAUUUUUAUUAUUUACUUAGAGAAAAAUAUAAUUUAAUUAUUCCUUCCAUUAAUAGAAUAAUAAAAAAACAUAUAUUGUAAUUUUCUUUUUAAGAAUUAAAUAAAUUAAUGUAUUAAAUUUCUUACAACUAUAAAACUUGGAACUUGUAAAAUUAGGAAGAAUAUUAAGGAUGAUAAUGAGAGUUUACAAAUUUAAAAUCGAAAAAUAGUUUCAAACAUUUAAAGAAAUCAAUAAAUUUCUAUUUUCUAUUUUAAAAUUGUGCUUUAACCUUUUUUGAUUUUAAUUUAUAAUUUUAAAAAUCAAUUAGAAAUUCACGUUAGUGCCUUUUUCCAGAUUUUUAUAAUUCCUUACACUUAAAAAGAAAAAUUUAAACAAUUUUCUUACAAGUAAAUCAGACUGAAGGACUUUUAAACUUAAAAAUUUUAAACAGAUUAGAGAAUUAUUAAUUUCAAAUUGAUUUAGCUGCCAUAUUUUUCAUUAUCCUUAUAUAAUUGUAAAUUUACUUAUAUUUUAAAAUAUUCAGAAAAUGAAUUUAAUAAAAUUUCUUAACAAUUAUAUAAUUAAUUUCUAUAAUUUUUUCUAUAAUUUUGAUUAAGUAAAAAUUUCAAAUAUUUGAAAUUGUAUAAUAUAACAUAUUAAAAUUUCUUAAAUUAGAAUAUAAUCAAUAAAUUUUUAAUGAAAAAGAAAAUAUUUUAAAAAUGAAAAUAAAACAAAUAAGUUUUUACUAUAUUUCCAAAUAUUAUUAAACCUAAUUAUUAAAUAA